AUGAAAAGAAAAAGACCCAAACAACAUCGCUUAACAGUGUAUAUAGAAGUUUUGAAGGAAAAGUCUAAUGAUUAUAACCAUUUCGCUAUUUGUUUAGCAUGCAAAGAAGCUGAAGGGUUUGACUAUGCAUAUUCACAUAAGUUUAUUAAUACAAAACGGCUUGUUAAAACACACUUAAAAAAUUGUAAAUACUUUAAAAAUCAAAAAGGAGAGCAUGAGGUUACAAAAAUUAUAAAUGAUACCAAUAUUAGUAGUGAUGAAUCCGAUAGUCAAACUUCUAAUAAAGAUAAUACUGAAAUCGAACAAGAGCAACAAGGACCAUUAGAUCCCUAUAUUGUACGUAGAUUUUCAAAAGCAAGAAAGUCUAAAUUUAAUUAUUUACUUUUAAAAAUGACAGUUUCUAAUAGAUGGAGUUUUCGAUGGGUUGAAAAUCCAGAUUCAUUAGCUCCAUUUCAAUAUAUUAAUCCAAAAAUUACUCUUCCUGGUCGCAAACAAUUAAGUGGAAAAAUUUUAAAUGAGGCUGUUACUGAAUUUAU